CAGUAGUCGCGUGCAGUCACAAGGUGGUGGACAAGCUUAUAUAUACACACACAAACGCUUUCUUGGUGAAGUCGGGUUUGAAGGGCGCUUGGCGCAUAAUCGCGAUCGUGUUGUUGAUAGUCAUCGUUUGUAGACAACACAUUGCAACAGGCAACACGGAACCCGGCUCGGAGGUGAAUGCCAACACCCACCGAGAGCGCCACACACUACCAACACCAGCACAGCCCACUGUCGUAGAAAUAGAAUGGCCCGAAGUACGCCGUUGGCAGUGCUUUCUUGUCUCAUAUUCCUUAACUGCUUGAAGCCAUUGAUAAGCUGGCCGGCAAACGACAACGACGCUUUCAACAUGUCGCAGCCCGACUUCGAUCAGUAUCUCGGCGAUUAUCUCAAGCCCGGUGAUACUGUGGCGCUUCUGCUGGAUUACGAUGGUACACUGGCUGAGCUAACGUCCCAUCCGAACCUCACGCAGAUGAGUGAUGAGAUGCGUGAGAGUCUGCGCAACAUUGCCGACAGUGGCAAAGCGUUUGUGGCGGUCAUUUCGGGACGCGAUGUGGACGGGGUGAAGGAGAAGAUCGGGAUAAACAACAUCAUCUACUCGGGCAAUCAUGGUUUGGAGGUGCUGUAUCCGAACGGAACCCGCCACAACCAGGGCAUACCAAAGGAUGUGGCGGAUAAUUUCGACAAGAUGAUUGAUCAUCUCAAUCGGGAGGUCGUUCAUCAUGGAUCGUGGGUUGAAAAUAAGCGUGUAUCGAUAACGUUCCACUUCCGCGAAGCUGAACAGAAAUACGUACCUGAAAUGGCUGCACGCGCCAAAGAGAUCAUCGAGUCGUACGGCUACCGAGCGAAUCCGGCACAUGCAUCGGUCGAGGGCAAGCCUCCGAUCCAGUGGAAUAAAGGUCUAGCGGCGGAAUACAUCCUAGGCAGCAGCUUCGAUGCUAGCUGGCGCACACGCAAGGUACUGUUUGCCGGGGACGAUACCACCGACGAGGACGUGAUGAAGAUGAUCAAGGGCACGGGAAGGUCGUUCCGGGUAACGAAAGAUAAGGACUUGGCGACGAAUGCGGACUUUAAAAUACCUUCCGUCGAUUCGGUUUAUCACCUGCUAAAGUGGAUCGAAUCAAGAGUCGUUUAGACGCGGACGAUGGUGCGAGAACUCGUUUGGGACAACGGAUUAAUGUGAACGUUUCAGUUUCAAUAAAAAUUGAAGUGUUGUGUUUGUGAGGAACAUGUUGUUCCAGUGACAAUCAUGCGGUGUUUGUAAACAAACUGUUUCUUAUCAAUGGAUGCUCUUUCUUAUCAUUUUAGUUUCUCAAACAAAACCACGAAAACGAUUACGAUUCGCAACGAUUAUGACGAAAGAUCGCAACAUUUCAACUUCCUGGAGAUUGCUAAUUUGAGAUUAGAGGCAUGCGUAGGAUAUUUAAAUAAUGCGCUGGUUUAAUUUCAGCGCGUGAUCAAUAAAUUAUGCAUCAAGUUUGAAUAAUUUAGGAACACCGAUUGGCAAGUUUUUGAGGGUUGGCGUAAUAAAUUACAAUUGUUUUCAUAUAUAUGACGAAUUUUCUAUAACUGCAGAAAUAAAAUUAACGAAUUUUGAACCGUA